AUGGAUGAAACAAAACUAACAAAAUUUUCUAAUCAAUUAUCACCAGAAACAUUUUCACUGCAUGUUCGUGCUGGUACAACUGUAGUUUGUCUUAAUUGUUAUGGCAAUCGAUUAAUUGCGGCUGGACAACAAACCUUUCAAUUAAUUGCUAUUGAACAAUGUGAUGAAAUAGAACGAUUUACUGAACUACAUGAUUUUCGUAAUGCAUCAAGACAAGGACGUGCACCAGUACAACCAACAGAUAUUGGGUGGAAUCCAAAUGACGAACAUUGUUUUGCAUCGGCUAGUACAGCUGGUCUUUUAAAUAUUUGGGAUGCUAAUCAAUUAACUAUGAUAAGCCAAUUUAAAAUUCACAAUGCAACUAUUAAUCGUCUUCAAUUUCAUCCAACAAAUCCAAAAUUAUUAUUAACAGCAUCACAAGAUGGAUAUGCAAAGUUAAUUGAUUUUCGAACAUUUAAUACAAAUAAAGUUGUUGCAUCAUUUCGUCAUGUUAGUGAAGAUGGCUUCCGUGAUAUACAUAUUAAUAACGCUAAUCCAAAUUUAUUCGCUGCUGCAUUAAAUGAUCAGUGUAUCGUACCACUUUGGGAUAUUCGAAGAAUUGAAUCUCCUGCUAUGGUUUUAACAACAGCAGAUAGAACAUUAUGUCUUGCAUGGAAUUAUAAUGAACCUUAUUGGCUUGCUACAGGCGGUCGUGAUCGUACCAUACGGAUCUGGAAUGCACAAGAUAGUAAUAAUCGACAAGAACCUUUAUUUAAAGUGCAAUCAUUUGGCACAGUAGCUAAACUUAGUUGGCGUCCAACAUGUCGUUAUCAUAUAGCAUGCUCAACACUUUCAGUAGAUCCACGUAUUCAUGUUUGGGAUGUUAGACGUCCUUAUUUGCCACAAGCAUCAUUUUGUCAUCAUCAAAAUAGUAUUGGUGAUUUUUCAUGGCGUCCAAAUUCUGAUAAUUUAGUAUCUGUUGGUCGUGAUGAACGUUUAGUACAUGCGCAUAUAUCAAGUGCAAUAAAAACUGAUCAAUGUGUACCUUUAUUUUCAUUAAAUGCUACAUCAAAAGGACAUGUUUACGCUGCAAUGCCAAAUAUUAAUAAUGAAUAUAUUCAAGCAUUAUAUUCUGAACGACAUAUUCCAACAUCUUUUACAGGUUUAAAAAGUUUUUUUUCGGAAGAAACUAUGUCAAAAUUUUUAAAAUAUAAUGAAACAAUUCAUGGAAAAUCUAUUGUUGGUAUGUAUUCAAAUUCUUCAACGGAUAAUUCAGUUGAAUUAUUUCAUCAAUUUGCACGACGAUGGACAUUGGGUAAUGGUGAUAAAUCAUCUGAAGCUUUAACUGAUACUUGUGAUAUAAAUAGUUAUGUUGCUGAACAAUUACAAAGACUAGACUUAAAAGCAACAUGGCAAGUUAUUAAAAUGAUUUAUGCCGAUUAUGAUGGUUUACAAACUUAUCGAAUAAGUUCAUCAAGAAAUACACAAUCAGCAACGAAAAAUUAUCAUAAUAGUGAUUCAUUAAAUAGUCAUAAACAUCAUCAUCAUCAUCAUCAUCAUUAUCAACAAACAGGUGGAAAAUCAAAAAACCCUGAUGUACAACAACAAGAAAAUGAAUUUAAUGAAGAAUUAAAUGGAAGAAAAACAGCUAAAUCACAAGAACAAAUCAUUCCAUCGAAUUCACAAAUGGACAUGAUCGAUGAUGUUGAUACAUAUAUUGUACGAGAUGUAUUAACAGAUGAUAUUAUAUUUAUUACACCUGAAGAUGCAUUGAAUAAUAGCAGCAGUUAUGAUAUGUUAUAUGAUAAUGAGCCUGAUAUUUAUAUAAUACGUGAUGGAAUACCCAUUGCAUCAAAUGGAACACCGUCAGUAAUAAAUGGUGAAGGUGAUAUAAAUGGUUUUCCAUUAGAUCGAUUACCUCGUCAAUAUCCGGAAAUGAUGAUAGAUGUUAGUCAAUUUGAACCUGUAGAUGAUUAUGACGGUCCUGAGAGUCAUAUGCAAAUAUCUACACAAUCUAUUAUACCUGAUGGUUCAGAUAAAUUUUUCACAAUUGAUGAAAGUUAUUGUCCAACAAUGCAAAAUCAUCCAUUAAUUUUUGACGACGUACUUCGAAAAACGAUUCAAUAUUAUGUUGAGAAUAAUGAGCUUCAAGUAGCAGUUCAUCUUUUACUUGCACUUUAUUCAAUACUUGGUGAAAACAAAGUUUUCGAAUUAUUUAGUGGUGCUCAUUUUGAAUGGAUUGGCAUGUAUAUUGAAUUAUUACAAAAAUUACGUUUAUUCGUCAAAGCUAAACAAGUAACAAAACAUUGUAUAGAAAAAGAAAAAAUACCACUUAAUUAUGAUCCAAGUGAAUUUGAUGGCGCGAUUAUUCUUUCAGCACAAUCACCAACGCUUAAACGUCUUCCAAGUACUAAUGGUCCUUCUUUAAUCACUUCUACUGGCAAAAAUCUUCCACCAACACCAAAAGAUUUUCUGUGUUCAAUUUGUCGAAUACCAUGUCGUGGCAUAUUUUCAUUUUGCGGUGUUUGUUUUCAUGGUGGUCAUACUGAUCAUAUUCGAACUUGGUUUAAUACUCAUCAUGAAUGUCCAUAUGGUUGUGGUCAUCGAUGUAAAGAUCGUGACACUCAAAAUCGUCCUUCACGUGGUAUAUCUCAACGUUUUACUUUGAAAUCAUAG